AUAUUUUUGCUUUUGACACCACAACCAAUCAUAUCUUAUCUUCCUACUCCCAAUCCAUUUUUAGUCAAACAACAUUACACCCUAGAAAACACAAGUUACAACAACAAAAUCUUCUUUGUCACUUAUAAUAUAUUAACUCCAAAUUCCCCAUUGGCCAUAUAUAUAUAUGUACUUCUUUUCCGGACAAUAAUAUUCUGCUUUAUAUAUUACCAAGACUCAUUACUGAUUCUCACACACUCUCGAUUUCAUCACCUUAUUAUAUCAAUUUUAUCAGUAAGCUCCAUUCUCAAUCUCAACCAUAAUUUUGUUGCAGAGGCUUCUGGGUGUGGUGAUGGAGUACUUAAAAUUUCUGACCCAAAACAAAGAUUUGGAAUGUGGGUUUUUUGUGUUUGGACUUUCCUCUCAAGUUCUUGGAUUUUUUGGGCUGUUUUUAAUGUUUUUAUUGGGCCUAAAGUUUCUAAGAAUGGGUUACUUGCUUAACCUGACACAAAUUUUUAGUCGUUUUUUCGGUGAAGCAAUGAAUUUAAAGGAUAAACGGUGUCGUUUCAAGGGUCGUGAUGAGAGCAACACCAUGUCUUGCUUGUGUAAUGAUACUCGUGAUGAUUCGAACAACAAUGAAGCUGAGUACGAAGAUAAAGAUGUAAAAGAACGGGAAGUUAAUUCGUGUUGUGAGCUUAGUGAAGAAUUUCGGGUAAUUUCAUUAAGGAAAUUAGUAAAAAUUGAAAGAAAACGGGCGAAAAAAGCUCGGAACGAGCUUGAUAAAGAGAGAAUGGCGGCUGCAUCGGCAGCAAUGGAGGCAAUGGCGGUAAUUUUGAGGCUGCAGAGGGAGAAGAACACCAUAGAAAUGGAAGCUAAUCAAUUUCGUCUUAUGGUGGAGUAUAAACUAGAAUAUGAUGAUCAAAUGAUUAAUUAUUUGCAAUGGAUCGUGACGAAACACGACUCCGAGAAGAGUUUGUUAGAAGAUGAGUUGAGGUUGUGUAAAGAAAAGCUAGAAUUAUUAACUAAAGAAAAUAGUGAUGAGGUAUAGUUGUAUACAUAUAGGAGUGUUUGAUAAAUAUAUAAUAGCAAGCAAUAUGCAUGCAAUGUACAUUUGCUUAAUGUUAUUUAGAAA